AUGGAAAAGGUCGUUAACUACGAUUUAACGGAAGUUUCCUCCUGUUUUUGGGCGAAAUUCUUGAAAACCAGUGGUGCCAUAUUUGCCUACUCAACUCUGAAGUAUGCAGUUGAAAUUCAAGCUUAUUUGUAUGAUUCCUUGGUGUUGGACCUUGAAGUUAAGAACAAAUUUGUAAAUGAAGGACCUAAGAUAUCUGCCUAUGACUCGUGGCAUUUUUAUUGCCUGCAGUGGAGAAGCUUUGAUGGUUUAAUCGAAGUUUAUCAAGAUGGGAAGAAGAUAGGAACAAAAUACAAAGCAAAAAAUCACACGAUACAUUCCAACGGCGUCAUUGUACUUGGUCAGGAAUUGGAUUCCCAUGCCGGGGGUUUUGAUGCGAUUCAAGCGUUCAAAGGGAGCCUUGCAGGGUUGAAUCUCUGGAGUCAAUUCAUGACCACCAAUGUUAUUCAGGGAAUGGCUUCUGGAAUCUUGAAUGUUAACGGAAAUCUUCUUCAAUGGAGAGAUUUCAGAGAUCAUGUUGUUGGUGACAUAGUUAUACAGAAUGGAUCUGAGGCAGAAAUUCCAGAAUAUCGAGUACAGAAUCUCCGAGAUGAAUGGUGUGAAAGAAACAACUCUAAAGCGUUUACUUAUGCAAGAUUUAUCCGUGGGCGGGACACGGAUGGCUACAGGUGGAGAUGUGUUCAGGCAGCGGCCAUGUUGGAUGAGAAUAUGUGUUACGAUAUCACUAAGAAUUUAUUCUUGUACCGUACCAAGCACACGAAGAAAGAACUUUUGGGAAUUAAUUAAAAAAUAUUUCA